AUGCUGUUCGUCUACCUGCUCGUCCUCGUCCUCUACACCGGCGGGCCCAGCGCCGAAAACACGACACUGACCCCGGCGAUGUGCACUCCGGGCUGUACGAGAUGUGCGAAAUACUGGAAGAUGUGCCCUGGAAAAGACGGAACCCCGUUGUGCGUAAAGAAGAUUAUUAUGGACAACCCCGAAUCUUCUCCAAGCUGCAACUAUAAAAAGUGUCCAGUCGGCGAAGCAAGGGUCACAACCGGCCGAAAUGAAUCGUGCAUCCCCAUGAAGCGCCUAACUAAUGGCACGGUUCCCGAUGGUUGGUGGUGGGAAGAUUGCGUUGAGCAAUACCACAUCAACUGCGGCAACUAUCUGCCGAUUUGCGUCAAUGCCAUCUCGCUAGAGGCGUACAACUCGACCACGGCUAGUUGCAUUAGCAAAGGCUGUGAUCCUGGGAUGCACCGGUGCAAAGUAGACGGCACGCUGGAAUGUAUUCCCUACGACGACCUGAAGUCAGUCCACUAUAAGGACGAUGGAGACGAGUGUAUCCGUGCCACACCGGAAGAGAAGGCUGCUGCGAGGGCUACUGUUCCGCCGGCUGCCCAGGAGAAGACCGAGCCGGACGAGACAUCGCCAGCCUCCCGUCCAUCUUGGCGUCUCGUGAACAUCGCCUUCAUCCUCCUCGCCACGAAGCUGGCAGCUGCCUUUGUU